UAAGACCUUAGGCUUGCAUGGAUCCAGCGAUCUUUGACAUGAGAGAAAGGAUAAAAGUUCAUUUGACGUGCCACAUGUCUAUAUAAAGGGGGGGGGGGAUCAUAGGAGAAAAUGCUCAGUUAAACCUGGAGAGUGCGAGCAUAGACUAAACAGUGAACAGGGAAGGCCGUCCGUCACCGACAACUCUCUCAAGAUGUUCGCUUCAGGGUUUUGGCAGAAUGUGACCACGAUCAGGGAAAACAUGGUUGACAGCGUUACUGGAUUCCUUCUCAUUUUUCUGCUGACGAUAAUAUCCGUGUAUUUACUGAGGCAAAGGAGAUCCAACUACAAGAAGCUACCGCCAGGCCCAUGGGGGUGCCCAGUAGUUGGUCACUUGCCUUUUCUGGGUAAAAACCGAGUUGAAAAACUUUCUCAAUACCGGAAAGAAUAUGGCGACAUUUUCAGCAUACAGAUGGGAAGCUACCCGGCGGUGGUCCUAAACGGCACUGGUGUUAUUAGGAAAGCUCUGAGUGGUCAUAUGGAAGCGUUUGCCGGUCGUCCAAAGCUCUAUACCAUCAACCUCAUCGGCAAAAUGGUUGGUGAAACCGGCCUAACCUUUUCCGAGUAUGGCCCACACUGGAAAGCGCAUCGACGGAUUUCAAACAACGCUCUGAGAAUGUUCGCCAGUUACAGAACAAAUCCUGUGGAGGAAAUCAUACUUGGUGAGUCACAGCGAUUGAUCGAACAUUUUAGCAAUCAGAGCGAACGCCCAUUUGAUCCCAGGAACGAGACGGCUUUAGUGGCUGGUAGUAUAAUAUACCAGAUUUUAUUCGGACGACAGGACAAUAUUCGAGAAGAUGAAACGUACUGCAAAAUGGUAAAAAACAUCAAAGACUUUACUGACUUUGCCAAUGCUGGAAAUCCGGUUGAUAUCAUGCCUUGGAUACGAUUUCUGUUCCGCGGUCGUCUUCGACGCUUUCUGGAAAUAAUCAGAACGAGCCUGGAAGUUCAAUCAACCCAACAAAAACGACAUGCGGAGACGUUUGAUCCUGCUCACAUUCGUGACGUGACAGAUGCAUUAUUUCAAGCUUCAAAGGAAAUCACCCCUGAAGAAAGAGGCUUGGGGUUAACAAGUGAGAAAGUUAACACCGUGAUAGGGGAUUUUCUGGGAGCGGGUUCUGACACGGUAGGAACUACUUUACUGUGGUCAUUCUUGCAUAUGGUGACCUCACCUCAUGUUCAAGCGCGUGUGCAUUCAGAGAUUGACCACCACAUCGGCCGAUCCCGUUGGCCAACUUAUAAAGAUCGGAAAUCUUUGCCGUUUGUGGAAGCAACGAUUCUCGAAAUUUUUCGGUUUGGGACGAUUGCCCCACUGGCGAUCCCACACGCCACAACAUGCGAUGUGCAGCUGAACGGAUACAGUAUACCAAAGGAUACAUUUGUCCUGGUCAACCUGGCUUCCACCUGCAACGACUAUGAUGUAUGGGGAGAUCCCAAGUCGUUCCGACCAGACCGAUUUCUGAGCAAUGGUUCAAUUGACUCGUCCAAGGCGGAAAUGGUCCUAAGUUUUGGAGUCGGUAGACGGCGCUGCCUUGGAGAAUUCAUCGCCAAAGUUGAACUCUUUAUGUUUUUCUGUUCUGUAAUGCAGAAUUGUUCUUUUCACAGAGCCCCAGGUGAGGUUUAUACUUAUGAGGCCAGCUUUGGGCUUACAAUGAAGCCAAAGCCAUUCAAGUUAAUUGUUAAAUCCAGAUCGAACUAAUAGUUUACCGCAAAAAGAAAUCUCCUGACAACUUUUCUCGUGUAAAGGGAAUUGUGAGUCUUCAUUGUGAACAGACACCGUUAAAAUGUGUUUGUUUCUUGUUUCAUUACGUCUAAUAUUGUAGAAUUGCCUAUUUUAGCAAAUAUUUUGUCUUGCAGCAUAAACCACUUUUGUGCAUAAUGCAUUCCGUGUUGAUUAUAUGUUUUAGGAAAUUCCACUUUAUCAUAAUUGCGUUUUUAGAGGGUGGGAUGAGGUGGGGAGAGACAUUUCGUUUUAUUCCGUUCGUUUCUUAUUUCAUUACCUUUAAUAUUGUUGAAUAUCUAGUCUUCUCUUGUAGCAUACGAUUGUGUAUUGUAUAUUCCGUAGAACACAAUGCUUAAUUUGCUCCCGUGAACUAAGAUCCAAAACCUGCCAACGUUUUGGCCAAACACCUGGUCUGUAUUUGUGCUAAGGUUUAUGACAAUAUGAAUGUGUUCCGGGUCUUCAUUGGCGGAGUGCUUGGCUUUGAAUAGCCAGGUCACCAGACACGACAAUUAUGAAAAGGGUGUAUAGAUAAAAAGGACUAAAUCACACCGUGAUAUUGUUUGUUGUUGUUGGUAGAAAUGAAUUUUAAAUAAACUUCACGUCAUUAUUACUAACCUAUUGUUGUGUAACGUGAUUGUCAAGAUUACGUUUAACUUAUACGGUUGAUGGCUGGCAGUUUUAUUGGUAAGAGGAGUGAGUGAGUGCUUGGGGUUUAACGUCGUACUCAACAAUUUUUCA